AUGGGGCGCAACUCGGUUUUGUUCAAACACAUGACUCAUGUGGAUUUCGAGGAAAUCCGACAGAAAGGCACGCCUGCAGCAAAAGGAGUUAUUGACCGGAUCACCGCGACUGUAAGCGGUACUGAAUUCGAGCUAACCGAGGAAUCGGUUGCAGAGAGCUUACGCCUUCCAACAGACGGCCAAGAUGCAACAUCGGAUAUAGAACUAACAACGUUCGAAGCAGCUUGCCAGAUACUCUCAGCAACUAAGGAACCGGUAAAAGUAUCCGGUAACAAAGCGUCACUGCGACCGGACAUCGGUCCCGGCGUCAUCAUCCCAUCAAGAAGGUUGAUAAGAUCCAAACACUUCCUAGAGAGGAAGCAGCCGACCCCCGGUUCCACAGGUGGCCGAAAGAAGACAACCGCCAAGAAAUCGGCCCCGGCGAAAGAAAAGACCGGAAGCAAGGGCAAAGAGAAGAUAGUAUUCUCAGAACCGCCAUCACAAACAGAAGAGGAAGAGUCGGCUUCCACAUCUGAACGAACCGAAUCUGAGAAAACCGAUGAAGAAAGACCGAAUGAUGAAGAGCAUUCGGGCCCAAGUCCCGAUAAUACCGGUACGGGCGCAAAUCCUGAAAACGCCGAGGCCGAUGAAGAAGACAUUGAAGAGGAGGAGGAGGACGACCAGACGAAGGCCGAUACUAUAGCGCGCCGAAUCCUGGAGACCAUUGCACUGCGAGCUGAAAAGGUUGGCGAUAUAUACCGGGAAUGGCACGAGUACCGGUUCAGCAAACUUUUUAAACACAUUUUACCGAGCUUCACCGACGAAGAAUGCUUCAAAAGAAUGAAGGAGAUAGAGGACGCAGUCAUGAGCCUCACAAACGCGGAAACCAUUCACGAUGCUUUAGGCCGAACCUCCAUCAUAAGACCGCGAGCCCGGCUACAGAAGCUAACCGUACGGAUCCGGAAGAUUAAGGAAAAGUACGUCGAGGGAACACCGGAGGCUAACUUACACCUCUUAGUGUUAGAGAAACUUGAGACAGCGAGAGGAGAACUCGCCGAAGAAAUUGAUCGGCUGGAGGUGGCGUGCAGUCAGCGACAGAUACCGCACUCUCCAGCCCCUCAGACCGAUGAGGGUCUAAUUCAUGGUGCUACACCUCCUCGGGGGGACCCGGUGAUAAACGAAACCGAUGAAAGGGCGGAGCCUCUUCUCACCGGGCAGCUUCAACAUGAACAACCGGGAGUCUCCGAACCGGGCAUUACAAAAGAAUGGGUCAAGAGUCUUCUUCAAGAGUUUGUCGACUCAACGGUUCACCCGCUAGAGGAGAGGAUGAAGAGAAUCGUGAGCAUGGCACUCUGGUUCGCCAAAAAUACGAGGAAUAAACUCGUAAUGACAGAUGACCGGUUCAUACAAAUCGACGCUGACUAUCGGGAAGAAGCGGUUUUGCGCGACAACCAUCUUCAACGAACCAAAGCCUUGGAAGAAGACACCUCAGGACUAAAAGAUGACUUCGAUCGGCUUGAAAGAGAGACCGAACAACGAUUAAGAGAGGUCACUAAGGAUCUAGUUGGCUCAACACUCAGCAGGGUCUCGGAACUGGAAAAGAAGAAUGCGGCGGUUGUGGAAGCAAACGCCCGAGCGGCUAAGGAAGUCCAGAAUGCGAUGGACGAAGAAGCCAGGUUAGCAAAGGAGCCACCGCAACUCACCGAAGAGGAAAUAGCCGAGCACGAACGAAGGGCAGUGGCUAAGUAUCCGGGACUUGCAGAGUCGGUAGCCGCUCAGCAACGAGAGGAUGCAGAGCGGUUAAACAAUGAAAGACAAAGACUCGCUAACUUUGCAAAAGCUAACGAGAAGAAAAAGGCGGCCUCUGCCGUUUCGGUUCCGGCAAAACGGAAACGGAAAUCAUCAAAGAAGGCUCAAGUAGUCGGGCUGCUGAAUGAGGUCACUGACACGGUUAUUGACAGUCAACCGGAUCAGGCCACUCACACCGAAGAGGAAGAUGAAGAGCAUCUAGAGCGGCGGCCCACAAGACAACGAGUCUGCGAACCGGCCAGUCAAGCGCAACCGGUUAAGAGAAAACGGAACAAGGAUUUGAUGGCUAGCUUCGAUUUCUCCGACUCAGAAUAG